AUGUCAACCUCAUACUUGAAAGGACUUUGUACAAGGUACAAGAAUCUACUGCUGAAGGAAAUGAUCAAAAGUAAGACAUUUCUUUCUUCAGAAGCUGAAGAAGAGGAUUUGACAACCAGGAUAAGGCAGAUUCAAUCUUCCUUGAGACGGUUAAAUGACUUUGGUGCUAAAUUAGAAGAAUCGAUGAAAGAACUUUCCAUUGCCUUGGAAUCAAAACAAGACAAUGAGUCUGAAAUUGAAAAAUUUACAGAAGAUAGUGAGAAGUUGUUUGAAUUGCUCACAGAUGUUACAGAGCGCUCAGAAGAACUUCUACUAUUGGAAAAAAGACUGGAACAAGUGGACAUUCCAUAUAUGAAAAGUGAAGCACCAAAUGACCCACGAAUCGACCACAUGAUAGAUUUGCAGACAAAAAUGCAGGAACAACUGAUGCAUUUCCAAGAACUCCAGAUUCAGGAACUGCACAGAAAGGAGAAGAUUUGCAAAGAGACUCCAGUAGUUAAACUACCAAAGUUUGAGCUCCCUUCAUUCAACGGAGACAAGUUAAAGUGGAAAGAGUUCUGGGACUCCUUUGAAGCUUCCGUACACAAAAACACAAGGCUUUCCAAUAUUGAGAAGUUCAACUACUUGAAAAGUAAAAUGGAAGGAAAGGCACAAUCUGCUAUUUCCGGCCUCAUGCUCUCCCGUGAAAAUUAUGAUGUAGCUCUCUCCAUAUUGAAGGAACGAUUCGGAGAUGUGCAGUCUGUAAUUAACAAACAUUACGUGGACCUUAUAAACAUUAAGCCUGCACUCAAUAAUACUUCCAGUCUCCGUAGACUAUUUGAUGAUUUAGAAAAGCAUAUGCGCAGCCUAGAAGCAUUGGAACAGGACGUAAACCAGGAUGUCUUUGUUUCCAUGAUUAUAACGAAGUUACCAAAAGAAGCCAGAUUACAAUUAGAAAUACAGAAAGGAAAGAAAGAGAAGUGGACUGUGCAAAAGCUGAGAAUGUUUCUUGAUAACUACAUAGCAGCCAGAGAGUCUACAGAUAUGGAAAACCUAGCCGGUCAUGAAGAACAACCUGCUAGAAAACCCCCAUCACCUGGAAUGCUAUAUGAACAUGAAAGAAAACAUACAUCUGCGGAAGCCUUAACAACAUCAUUUAAAGAAUCUCCAAGAAGAAACAAAAUUCGAAGAAAGUAUCCCAUUUGUAUCUUCUGUGAACAAAAUCACUGGAGUGACGAAUGCCAAGAAUUCAGGACAGUUGAAGACAGAAAACAGAAGAUUAAGGGAAGAUGUUACAUUUGUCUUAGGCCAGGUCAUCUUAGCAAAGACUGCAAAGUCGACAAACCAUGUUUCCAUUGCCAUCAGACAAAGAAACAUCACCGAAGUCUCUGCAACAAGAAAAUGCUGCCUUUGAGAGAAACCUCACACUUUGUUGAAACAUCCGAACUAUGUGACUCAGAAACAGUUAACAAUGUUCGAGAAAACAGCCUACUGUCAUCAGGAAGUAUGGUCCUAAUGCAAACUGCAAAAAUUGAUGCAUCAGAUCUGAUUGGAUCGAGAUUUGAAACAAUCAGAAUUCUCAUGGACUCUGGAUCUCAAAGAACGUAUGUUACCGAGGAAUUAGCUUCAAAAUUGAAUUUGAAAAGAAAAAGAACAGAGGAAAUAUCACUUGUCACCUUUGGAUCCACGAAACCAAAAAUAGUAAAAACUCCAAAUGUAUCUUUAAGAAUUAAACUGAAGGAUGGACACUAUAUGAGAAUUGAAGCAAAUGUUGUGCCUCAAAUAACCGGACCAAUACACAGAAGACCGUUAUCACCUAACAUCAUUGAAAAGGUACAGUGCCAAUGGAAACAUCUACAGUUUGCAGAUACCUUACCAAAAACUACAGAGAAUUCAACCAUAGACAUCCUUAUUGGGAAUGACUAUUAUCUUGAUUUGGUAUCAUCAGAAAAAAUUGAAGUUGACCAUGGACUUUACUUGCUCUCAUCAAAGGUAGGAUGGAUUCUCACUGGAAGAACACAAGCUAACUUUGAGGUAUCCAGAGAUAAUUUACACCAAAUGCUGAUUGUAAAUGGAAACAAUCUAACAACGGAAUAUUGUCUUCAUUCGUCUGUCGAUGAAUGUUUGCCCUUGAAGCCAUCACUAGACGAGUACUGGAACUUGGAAACUAUUGGAAUCAAGGAUCAGCCCCAUUCAUCAGAUGAUGACAAGGCUUUAAAAAACUUGAACGACACAAUAAAACUAGUCAAUGGUAGAUAUCAAGUCACUUGGCCCUGGAAGGAUGAGCAACCUGAACUCCCAGAGAACAGAGAACUUGCUUUUGGAAGGUUGAAAUCUCUACUUCAAAAAUUAAAAAAGAACCCUGAGCUGCUUCACCAAUAUGAUGGAAUAAUUCAGGACCAGUGCAAGCAAGGCAUAAUUGAAAAGUUGACAAAGAGCAGUGAAGUGAAGAAUAGUAUCAAACACUACAUACCCCAUCAUGCUGUCAUUGAUCCAACAAAGCCUACCACAAAAGUACGGAUCGUCUAUGAUGCAUCGGCAAAGGUCAAACCAGAGUGUAACAGCCUUAACGAGUGUCUUUACAGAGGACCAGUGAUGCUAAAUGAUUUGUGUGGACUGUUGAUGAGAUUUAGAAUGAAAAGGAUUGCAAUUAUUGCUGACAUAGAAAAGGCAUUUCUACAGAUUGAAUUACAAGGAAAGGACAGAGAUGUGACAAGAUUUUUUUGGUUAAAGGAUAUUGAAACUCCAUCCACAGAGAACAAUAUUCAAGUAUAUAGAUUUACGAGAGUUCCAUUUGGAGUUAUAUCAAGCCCUUUUCUAUUAGCUGCAACUUUAGAUUACCAUCUUGGAAACUACAACACUGCAACAGCUGAAAACAUAAGAAGCAAUAUUUACGUGGAUAAUGUUAUCACUGGUGUAGAGUCCGUCUCAGAGGCUAGGAAACUAUAUACAGAUGCCAAAGAGAUCUUCAGUACCAUGUCAAUGAAUUUACGAGACUGGGCAUCUAACUCCACAGAAUUUAGCCAGUGUAUUCCUCAAGCUGAUCAAGCAAACAGAGAAACCAUAAAAAUUCUUGGUUUGUCUUGGAAACUUUCUGAGGACUCCCUAUUCAUAAACAGUCCAAAAGAUGAAACUCAUAUUCCACCUAUCACCAAGAGGAAAGUCCUUCAAAGAAUUGCUUCUGUUUUUGAUCCACUUGGAUUCUUCACCCCAGUUACUUUGAGAACAAAGUUGUUUCUACAAACAUUAUGGAACCAAAAGAAAGAGUGGGAUGAAGAACUGACCAAAGAAGACAUUCAGCGCUGGGAAAAUAUAUCCGCAGACCUGGAUGAUAUUCCCAAUUGCCCUAUUCCUCGUUUUAUAGGACUCACUGGUACAGUGACAUACAAAUUAAUGUGCUUUUGUGAUGCAUCAACUAAAGCGUACGCCUGUGCGAUCUAUUUACACCAGAGCAAAAAAGAAAGAAGUACUGUCAACCUGUUGUUUUCAAAAACUCGGUUAGUGCCACUCAAGAAAAUAACACUGCCUAGAUUGGAACUAUUGGCUGUUGUCAUUGGAGUCCGCUGCAUUAACUUUGUUGAACAACAACUGAAGUUACCUGUCACAGAAAAGAUCCUUUGGACCGAUUCCCAAUGUGUAUUACAUUGGAUAAGAAUGAAGAAACCUCUUAAAACUUUUGUGGAAAACAGAGUAAAAGAAAUCAGAAACAACAAAGAUAUCACUUUUCAAUAUGUGUCUACAAAGGAUAAUCCAGCUGAUAUUGCAAGCAGAGGAACAGCAGUUAAAACUCUUCAAGAAUUUGAACAAUGGUGGAAUGGUCCAGAAUGGUUAAUUAAAAGGAAAGACAAUUGGCCUUCAUGGAACAGUCAACAAACCUGUAAAGAAAUGCAGAGUGUCAUAGAAUCAGAAUGCAAGACUCCAAAGAUAGUUUAUGAAGCAAAACUGGUGGCUGGGGAGAGUCCUAACGGAAGAAAUAACAACUCAGAUUCUGAAUCAACUGGAUAUCCAAACAUCAUUGACUACCAAAAUUUUUCAUCAUUUAUAAACCUUACUCGAGUUUUAGCAUGGACUCUUAGGUUCAAAAAGCAUGCUCAGCUGACAGAAGGUGCAAGAUCUCCUAUCCUCCUUCCAAGAAAGAACCAUGUGACGGGACUGAUUAUUGAUUACAUCCACAAAAAAUCAUUUCAUGUUGGAGUCUCCCAAACACUGUCAUUGGUUCGUCAAGACUACUGGAUUCCGCAGGGAAGAGCAGAAGUAAAAAGAAUACUUCAUAAAUGCACAAUCUGUAAGCGGUUUGAGGGUGGUCCAUACAAGAUGCCACUGAUGCCUCCACUACCAAAGAAACGUGUGAGUGAAUCAGCACCAUUUACGUACACGGGAGUGGAUUACUUUGGACCAAUCUUCAUCAAAACAGAAACUGGCAAUAAAAAGGUAUGGGUCUGUCUAUUUACCUGCUUGGUAGUAAGGGCCAUACAUCUUGAACUCAUGCAGGACAUGUCCACAGAACAGUUUCUCCUAGGACUAAGGAGAUUUAUUGCGCGUUGGGGCAAGCCAAAACAAAUUAUCUCUGAUAAUGGUGCUCAAUUUAAACUUGCAAGCCUGGUUUUGGAUAAAAGUUGGGAAAAGGUUACGUCUGAUAAUGAUGUCCAAAGUUAUAUUGCAAAUGAAGAGAUUCAGUGGCAAUUUAUUGUGGAACUGGCACCAUGGAUGGGAGGAUUUUAUGAACGUCUGGUUGGUGUUGUCAAACGAUGCUUAAGAAAAACUAUAGGAAAACUCUGUUUAACAAAUGAGCAAAUGAGAACGAUGCUUGCAGAAGCUGAAGCAGUCGUGAAUUCGAGACCCUUAGUCUAUAUUGGAGACGAUAUUAAUUCAAACAUCACCCUUACUCCAGCGCAUUUCCUCACUUUGAAUCCAAAAAUAGGACUUCAAGAUAGUGAAAAUUUUGAUCCCAUGGACCCAGACUAUGUACCCGUUGCAAGUUCUGUAAACACUUUAUUGACAAUUUGGAAGAAAGGUCAACGACUUUUAGAUACAUUCUGGAAGACAUGGAGAGAUGAGUAUCUUUUAAGUCUAAGAGAAAGAACAUCCUAUAAAUUAAAAGGGAAAAGAAUUCAAGAUAACAGGCCGGUAAGAAUUGGUGAUGUUGUUCUCAUCAAAGAAGAUCUCCCUAGAGGAAGCUGGAAGAUUGGAAGAAUUUGCGAUUUGACAAAGAGUCAAGAUGGACAAUGCAGGUCCGGAAAGGUAAUGUUACCUAACAAAAGAACAUUAAACCGACCGUUAAAUUUACUUUAUCCUAUAGAAUGCACCGAUGAAUCUGACCAUGGUGAUAGUGAUAUGACGAAGGAAAAGCCAGCAGUUGAUGUUAUUCCUCCGUUGCCUAGAGUAAAAAGACAGGCCGCUGAAAGAGCAACAAAACUGAUGAAAGAACAAUUAAAUUCAUGA